AUGAGCAGAAAUGAACGGGUUUCUAGAAGAGACCAUUUUGAACGCGAACAGAGUGUAAUAACCUCACAAAUCCCAAUGGUCUCGGAUAAUGAACCAAACAACAAUAUUCCACCACAAACCACUGGCCGAUCUCGCAGACCAAGCAACAACACAAAACACCACGAUGAUCGAGAUGUGUUCAAAUCGAAAUACACCAAUGAGAUCCGACAAAGAUCCAGCGAUAGAGAUUCAGGGGCCCAGCAUCAACGGAAGAAGAUCAUUGAACACCACGACCAGCAAACAAAUCGAAAUCGAAGAUCCAGUAAUAGUAAUUGCAGUGGAGGAUCUGAUGAGGCUGACACUCCAAGGAGUAAGAAAUUCCAAGAAGAAGCUGAUUGCAAGAAGAGACAACAAUAUACUGCUGCUGACCAGCCGUCAGAGUCAAAGAAUGAUACUGAUGAUAUAGAUAUCAAACAACCAUCAACCAAUGAUGACGAUACAAUGAUGAUGGAAAUGAUGGGGUUCAGUGGCUUUGGAUCUACAAAGGGGAAGAAAGUUGGGGGUAACAAUGCCUCUGCUGUGGGGAAGGACAAAGCUGCCGGGUCUUUCAGACAAUACAUGAACCGAGCCAAAGGGUUCAAUAGACCAUUAUCGCCACCUCCUGGUGAAAGACGUCGAAAGAAUUAG